AGUUUGCCUAUUACAGCAAUGGCUGCGUUCGUUGAUUGUGUUCUAAUUAGUUAAUUUAAUUUUGUGCAAAAUAUUGUCACCGAAAUAAUGCUACGGACAGCUUUUAAAAGAUUCCAAACGAAUUCAAACAAUCAAAAAUCCGCCAAAACUUUCAAUUUCCGGUCGUUGACAUUCCCGCCGAAACUUUGAAAUGAGCACGUUCAAUGGAAAAAUCUUGGAAAUUCCCGAAAUAAGCGUAGAUUGCUUUGAAAAUGCGAACAAUUUGGAUUCUCUCGUCUACUUUCUAUCGCACUGCCACACCGAUCACAUGCGCGGGUUAAGUGAUUGGCGUUUUCAAAAUUCUUUGCUGGAAAGGCCCGAUGUCUACCUGUACGCGACUCCAAUUUCAGUGAGGAUUCUAAACCACAGGUAUCCACAACUGGAAGCCAAACUAAUCGAAAUCGCCACUUCAAACUCGACACUAAUUAAAAUCCCUUACAAAAACACCCAUUUAACAGUAACAGCCUUGCCCGCCGGACACUGUCCUGGCUCUGUUAUGUUUUUAUUCGAAACUGCUAGCAAGAACAUCCUUUACACUGGAGACUAUCGUGUAUCCGCAAGUGACUUACGCAAAUACAACGCCUUCUACUCCAUGGGUGAAGUAAAACGUAUUGACAAGAUGUACCUCGAUACCACCUUUUUCAACCGCUCAUACUUCAAACUGCCACCGAGAAGUGACAGCAUAAGUAAAAUAUGUACAGUCAUCGAUAAGUGGAUCAAGCAAAGUCCCGCUCAUAUAAUUAACAUUAAACCAAGCGCUACCUACGGUUCCGAAUUCUUAUUCAUGGAAAUUUCCAAAAUAGUCGGCAUGCCCAUACACGUCAAUUCCAAAACUUACAACCUGUACAAACGCAUACCGGAAAUGGACGAGACGGUCACCUUAAGUGCCACAACACAAUUACAUGCGAAUUGUGGCAGUGAAUUUAAAGAAAUUUGUAAAAAAGAUAAGGCACUAAUCCGAACUAUCAUACCCUCUACACUGUAUUGGAAGAACAGGAAUACGGACAGUGAUUGUAUUGAAAUUGGGGAAACAGGGUGCUAUCGUGUAUGCUAUUCUUGCCAUGCUUCGCUAGAAGAAAUUGAAGAGUUUUUAUCAUUUUUAAAGCCAGUUGAAGUGGAACCCUGCGUGGUUCCGUCUUCUCCAAGAGAAAAGGAAGAAAUGUUUGACCUAUUAGAAAAGGUGAUGUCUACAUAUCAAUCACGAAGAUUGGAGGAAGAAGAAGAAUCUAAACUGUUUAAACAAGUUGAAAAUGCACCUAACACUCCUGAGAAAUCUGAAUGCGAGUGGGACGAUGUAUUGGGAUCACCUGUUAAUAAUUUUAAGCGAAAAAGGUUGUGGUUGCAGGAUGAUGAUGGUGAUGAAUGAAUUUAAUUGGUUGAAUAUUAAAGUAUUUGAAUAAUUGUAUCUCCAAUUUUGUAACACUGUUUUAAACAGCUAUUUUUACAUUUUGAAUGUAUUUUAUAAUAUACUGAUUUUUAUAGUCUCA